CCGCCUCUUGCGCACUGUACAUUCAUAUCAUUUUUCUUCUCUGGUCCCAUGGAGGAAGUGAGAAAGUUGGCACGGUCACCCAGGGCUUCGCAGGACCCAGUCACUCAGUGACAGAUGGACAAUGCAAGAAUGAGCUCCUUCCUGGAAUAUCCCAUCCUUGGCAGUGGCGACUCCGGGACCUGCUCUGCGCGAGCCUACACCUCUGACCAUGGGAUUACAACUUUCCAAUCCUGCGCGGUCAGUGCCAACAGCUGCGGCGGCGACGACCGCUUCCUAGUGGGCAGGGGGGUGCAGAUCAGCUCGCCCCACCACCACCACCAUCACCACCCCCAGCCGUCUACUUACCAGACUUCUGGGAGUCUGGGGGUUUCCUACUCCCACUCGAGUUGUGGUCCAAGCUAUGGCGCGCAGAACUUCAGUGCGCCUUAUGGCCCCUAUGGAUUAAAUCAGGAAGCAGACGUAAGUGGUGGGUACUCCCCGUGCGCUCCCGCUGUUUACUCUGGAAACCUCUCAUCUCCCAUGGUCCAGCAUCACCACCACCACCACCACCAGGGUUAUGCUGGGGGCACGGUGGGCUCGCCUCAGUAUAUCCACCACUCUUAUGGACAAGAGCACCAGAGCCUGGCCCUGGCCACGUAUAAUAACUCCUUAUCCCCUCUCCACGCCAGCCACCAAGAAGCCUGUCGCUCCCCUGCUUCAGAGACGCCUUCUCCAGCGCAGACCUUUGACUGGAUGAAAGUCAAAAGAAACCCUCCCAAAACAGGGAAAGUUGGAGAGUAUGGCUAUGUGGGUCAACCCAACGCAGUGCGCACCAACUUCACCACCAAGCAGCUCACGGAGCUGGAGAAGGAGUUCCACUUCAACAAGUACCUGACACGAGCGCGCAGGGUGGAGAUAGCCGCGUCCCUGCAGCUCAACGAGACCCAGGUGAAGAUCUGGUUCCAGAAUCGCCGCAUGAAGCAGAAGAAGCGUGAGAAGGAGGGGCUCCUGCCCAUUUCUCCAGCCACUCCUCCUGGAAGCGACGAGAAAGCUGAAGAAUCUUCUGAGAAAUCCAGCUCCUCGCCCUGCGUUCCUUCUCCAGCAUCAUCUACCUCAGACACCCUGCCUACCUCCCAUUGAGGCCACUCCAGCCCAGCUCCGUAGUCCAGGCUUCUCCCUGGGCUAGGGUUUCUUACCCAAAGCACAUCUCUAGCUUAUCUUUCUUCCUUUACAGUCUCUCUUUUUCUUUCUGGUCCAAUCCAGAGAGCUCCUGGGCAACAUAAUGUAGUUCCAUAGAAUUCUGGAGACUUGGUUGUAAAUUAAAUCCUUAAUCCACAUCGGGUGCCCAUAUCAAUUUCUGGUGGCCCCCAAAAUUCCUUCCUCACUGUUGUGAGAGUUUUUUUUACACAACCCAUGGUUCCUUUCAGAUGUCCCUUGGAGGACAGUACCCUUUGCCAGCAGGCAUUUGAAGAAGGGAGGCAUCUCACCUUUUAUCUGUAUAUUGUUCUUCUCUACCUGGCUCUUAAGUAGGACACACAAAAAAGAGAGUAUCCAAAGGCUCAUGAAGAAGAGAUUGACUGAGUGUGUUUACACAAUUAAUUCACCCCUUAACUUUCUCUUGAGAGAUUUAUCUUUAUACAGAUUUUCUAGAAACAUGCAGAACUAUAUCAAACAGGGUGGGCAAACUUCCAAAACUGGUGAUUAUGGGUGGACAAAAAAGGGGGGACCCUGGCAUUCAAACAGAACCAGAUUCCUCAAAAGGUAGCCUCAAUUUGCUCUUGCAGAGUCAAGAAGGCCUGAGAAGCCCAAAGUUCAGAACCUUUGCUGUGCCAAGACUUCCCAAAUUACCGAUUUCUUCUUGCUUCUCUGGCCACCCUCCACUUAAAAAGUGUGCUGGAUUAUUUGUAACCUAAAGGUACUCUUUUCAGUCACCCUUUCUUUCCACAGUUAUCUUGGCUGGAUACAAUGUAUUUUCAGCUAAUUGUUAAUGUGAUGGCACAAUGAAUGUAUAUUUUGUGUGAUUCGUGAAUAGUCUUCUGCAUGUCGCACAAUGUUUUGAUGUCCCUGAAGUACCACACUGAGUUCUAUCAGUUAUCUUUUGUGAGCCUACGAUAGUCCCCCUUUCCUGUACAAUCAUGAACAGCUCUGAGAUCCCAGAGGGAUGUGAUCCAGAGCAGAGUUUACGGGUCUUAAGACGUCUGUAAUAAAAAAUAUUCAAGUUUUGGGUAUGCUUAAGCAUC